AUGUCUAUCACUAUCGGCCAGGUUUCUGGUAUCAUUGCUGCUGCUGUCUUUGUUGUUCAGUUCAUCUUUCCCAAUGCGCUCGUGUUGAUCAUUGUCUCGAUCCUCGGCAAUGAUCAUAAUGCCGUCACUUGGUCUGUGGUGUCCCGACACCUACUGUCCUCAAAUUGGCCAUUUCUUCUGCGAUCAGAUACAGCUGCAGGGGCAGGCGUCAACAUUGGCGUCCGUAUACUGGGAAUAAUACAGCUUCUCGGUGUGAUCAUAAUUGCCGUCGCAGCUAUUGUCACGCCUCUAGGUCUCCAUGAAAAUAUCGUGGCCACCAAAUCGAAUGUGCAGGUACCUUUCACAGAUCUUGUCGACACCUCGCCAAUGGGCGUGGGCACACCGGGCCGCAGUGCGCUUGGCUUCUCGAGAUCUUGUGGGAACUUUCAGCCAUUGGCAUGCCCUGGGAGCAAGACACAGGUUGACCUCACAUUCGACUCCGACAACUCGUCCGUCGUGAUCGACUCAGAGAUUAUUGGGACUUACGACAUGCAUGUUCCAGAUUCCCUGAUUGAUCUGUACCAGAGUGGCCUGAGCACACAACCCGAGACAGUGUCGUCGUUCUUCGAUAUACAGACACGCCAGUGGACCGAGGUUACAAACAGCAAGAAGCUGAACGGGGAGCCCUACGUGGUGGACUCUUUCCGUAUGCUCGAAAGUGUGGUUCUCAACGAUGCCAUUGAGGCAAAAGAAGGACUUGUAGUCGACACCAAGGAAGGCAGAAUCGCAUUCCGCCAUCACCGCACUCCUCAGAAUGUCGGAGUUGGCGCUGAGUGGACGGAAGAUCUGUUGUUCCUCCAACCGUACACCGAAUGUGUGGAUUUGAACCUAACGCUCGAAUUCACGGUCCCUCCAGAUGGACGACUCUCAGAGCCAGCCAACCUGACGCUCAUCGAUAAUGGUGGCUUCUCAAAACUCGUCCAGGAAUACCCAACAAUGAACGUGACGACAAGCCAGGAAGAUCCAAACCUACACUUUCGAGCAUACAAAGCAGCAUGGCUCACCACCGUCUACUCGAUGCUGAUCAUGAACGUCACCCGCCCCAAUCCAGACUCGUUCGCCUAUCUGAACUCUGAGCCAGGCAAGCGCUUCGAAUUGGCCGGAGGGCUCGGUGCUCCUGGCUCCUUGAACUCAAUCAAGUCGGAUCCCUACUGGAAAUCUCUGGUAGAUCCAGACAAUCAGGCCAAGUCAAACUUCACUUCAACAUUCACAAACGAGACAACCACGACUGGCAUCUACGAUAAUCCAUUCAACAUCACCGGUGCCAACUACACGGACAUCAGCAUUCUCUGCCAGGGCGCUGGUGGCGCCGACACAGCCAACUCAAGCAACGUAUGGGUCCAGUGCGGUCUGAUUUACAGCGCCGCUCGCCGCAAAGACGGCCAGGAGUCCUUGAUCUUCCGCGGGGGUGAUGUCUACGAGCAAUCAGUCUACUCCUGCGCCUCCGUAACCCGCGCCUCAAUCAAAACCGUCUCCUUCCGCUUCAACACCACCACCCCCGACCUCAACCUCAAAUCCCUCACAGUCACCAACAUCACGGACAAAACCUACUCCGACGAAAAAGGCCCCAACCCGCCCCCCCUCUGGGGCAUCGAAACCCUCAACAUGUCCCUCGUCGAAGUCCAACAACUCUGGGGCCUCAUCUCCGACGAUAACGCAGACGCGCCAAACAUGACCGCCAUCCGCGCUCCCCACCUACACCUACCAGGCUUCAACUUGGCACAUCCCCCGCCCCCGGCCUACACCGCCAUCACAGAAGCCCUGGUCGCCAUGUACGACCUCAACCCCACUCUAAGCACCGGAAACGACUACACCGGCGCAGGCAACCUGGCACUCUUCCAGAAGUGGCAGGGUCUGAGCAAGACCCCCGAGGGUGUCGCUCGGAUGCUCAACAUCGUCUGGACGGACGUAGCCGCGAACCUCCUUACAGGAACGCGGGGAUGGGGGACGGGGAAGAAUGUCACUGCACCUGCCUCGAGACUAGCCAAACGCCAAUCCUCCGAUGAUGCCCAGCAAACAGUCCUCGUCCCCGUCCGGCUCUUCGAGCGCAGAGUGCAGUAUCACUGGCCAUACGCCAUCCCGGCCUUCGCGGCCCUAGCGCUCUUCGCGAGCACGCUCGCGCUGAGCUGUUGUUGUGCAGUCCUCCAGCGUGGCGGGGCCAAGCGCACGAAGUACUACAUGAAUCACCUGUCCGCAGGACGCCUGCUCGCCGAACAGCGCUUCCCAGGUGCGGUGGACAAGCAAGUUGACAGGACAACUUGGGUGAAGAUGGCAGGGAAGCGGAGUGUGGCGCUCAGGGAGGGUGGGCCGGGGCUGAUGAAUCCUGCUGUUGGUGGAGAGGGCAUCCAUGGCGCGUAUAGUCCGUAUAUUGGUGCCGGUGGUGGCGAGGCGGGUGGGUAUAUGGAGAGUAAGCCGCUGGCGAGCUCGAGCGCUACAGAGCUGCAUCAGUUGCACCCGGCGGGAGGUUAUUCACCGAGCAACGGGCAGGGGUAUGUGCGGAUGCAGAACCAGUGA